GACCGGAAGCCGGGCACGAACUGCCGUGAUGCAAUCAUUUCCCUCGUGCCGGACGCCACAAUCCACAUUGCUCGCACUUCGCAGUUCCCGGCGUUCUUCGCUGUUCUUCGUUGUUCUUCGCUUUUGAUCUCGGUUCAUUACAUAGUUCGUCGUCGUCGACUCUCCUCCAGCAUGAACGGAAUUGUUAGGAGCGCGUUACGUGCCACGGCGCUCCGCGGUGUGCUGUCGUCCUCGUGCAGCAGCAACAGCGGCGGUCAAUCCGUUAGGGCCUUGUGGAACGUUUGUGGCCGCCGGCAAGCUGCCGAAAUCGUGCCUCUCGUCUCCUCGCUCGAGCUACACGAUCUCCGUGCCCGCAGAUGUUACAGCAGAUCGCAUACCAAAGCGGAAAAAGAAUUAGUGGAAUUUUUGGCUGAGGAGAUAGUAGCUGAGAAGAAGGCGCAGAAAUUAAAAAUGAUACCAACGACAUUAGAGGGCUUUUCAGUGUCUCUCAAUGGGGCUGAAGUCAAUCUUGAAAAGAAAGAUGGCACUGAUACUAUUCAUAUUUCGUUUAACGUGAACCAUACAGUGGAUGCGGAUGCCGAAGAGGAAAUGAAUCCUACUAGUGAUAAUGUAGAAAUUGGCGAAAUGAAGAGCAAACCUAAUUUUACAGUAGAUAUAGUGAGGGGUAAUCAGACUCUAGGCUUCACGUGUUCUUUUAAUAAUCAAUCUGGUGCAUCGGGUGCAGAUGAUAAUUAUAAUGACAUAUUUGGCAUCGAUGAAAUUACGCUGUAUGAAGGAGAACACAGCGAUAAGGUAUACUCUGUAGCUGGUGAGAUUAUCGAUGGUUAUCUGUACGACCUACUGAUGAACUACCUCGAGGAGAAAGGCAUUUCAAAUGAAUUUGCAGAGAAACUGAUCGAUUUGAGCACAUGCUACGAGCAUACAGCUUAUGUUAGCCUACUGGAGGGCUUAUCGAAAUUCACAUCCGGAAAGUAAUUCUAAGAUCUAACAUUAAGUUUAUGCGAUUCAUGAUACUGUAGUUUGUAAGAAUUGUUAAUAAAAAGAUGUGCUGACGCGUA